AUGAAGCUGCUCAGCAAAGACAUCGAGAAAGACAACGCGGGUCAGGUGACGUUGAUGCCGGAUGAGGCGGAGGACAUGUGGCACACCUAUAACCUGCUGCAGGUGGGCGAUAGUCUGCGAGCCUCCACUAUCAGGAAGGUACAGACGGAAUCCUCAACAGGAAGUGUCGGCAGCAACCGGAUCCGGACCGUCCUCACCAUCCGGGUGGAGACCAUCGACUUCGACUCUCAGGCCUGCCAGCUCCGGGUGAAAGGCACCAAUAUCCAGGAGAACCAGUAUGUCAAGAUGGGGGCGUAUCACACCAUCGAGCUGGAACUGAACCGCAAGUUCACCCUGGCCAAGAAGCAGUGGGACAGCAUUGUGCUGGAGAGGAUCGAGCAGGCCUGUGACCCCGCCUUCAGCGCCGAUGUUGCAGCAGUUGUCAUGCAGGAAGGACUCGCCCACAUCUGUCUGGUGACACCCCAGUAUGACUCUCCUCCGUGCCAAGAUCGAGACCAACAUCCCGCGCAAGAGGAGGGGCAACUGCUCCCAACAUGAGAAGGCUCUGGAGAGGUUCUAUGAACAGGUCAUGCAGGGAAUUAUCCUCACAUCAACUUUGAAGUGGUGAAGGUGGUGUUGGUGGCGUCUCCAGGAUUUGUCCGCGAACAAUUCCCUGCGAAUUCCUUUUCCUUCGAGCCGUAAAACAGGAUUUGAAGACGCUGCUGGAAAAUCGAGGGAAGUUCCUGCAAGUACACAGCUCCUCCGGGCACAAGUACUCCCUGACAGAGGUUCUGUGUGAUCCCCCGCCGUCACAGCCCGACUCACAGAUACAAAGGCGGCUGCUGAGAUUAAAGCACUCACCGAUUUCUACAAAAUGCUGCAACACGAACCCGACCGGGCGUUCUAUGGGAUUAAACACGUGGAGAGGGCUAACGAUGCGCUGGCCAUAGAUACGUUGUUGGUGACGGACGAGCUGUUCAGGCACCAGGAUGUGCCAACACGAAGCCGAUAUGUGAGACUUGUGGACAGCGUGAAAGAUAACGGGGGAACCGUAAGGAUCUUCUCCAGCCUGCAUGUCUCCGGAGAACAACUGAACCAGCUGACGGGAGUGGCGGCCAUCUUGCGUUUUCCAGUGGCUGAAGGGGUCAGAUGACGAGUCAAGCUCUGAGGAAGACUGA